UAGAUAGCAUUUGAGACAAAUGGUAAAUUUGUGACAACCUACUAGUAGAAUUUAAAGGGGUUUCAGAAGCGUAGGCCCUUUAGCAUUUGUCAGUUUUAUGGCAUCUUCUAUCUGUGCAUUGUUGAACUAAACAAUUGUCACAGCUCUAAUCUUUAUAAUUGUAUAAUCGACGAUGGCAGCUGCUGCUGCUUCAAGCUUGCAGAUUGCAGGAUCAAAACCCUGUAUUUUUUCAGCUAAAAACAUUUUAAAAGGAAAAGUGGCAGAUAUUGGUAUUAAAUCAUUGACAGCAUCGUGGGCCAAACUCUCCAGCGCCUGCCAUGUAUCAUCUGCUCAACAUUUCAACCGUCCCUUAACAUCUUCACCUGCAAGAUUUGACAAAGCAGUGACUAGAGCAAUGUCUGAAACUGGUGAAAGCAAGGCUGCAUCUGGGCUAUCCAUCAAUCUGAAAGGUAAAAGAGCAUUUAUCGCUGGUGUAGCUGAUGAUAAUGGAUAUGGUUGGGCUAUUGCGAAAUCUCUAGCUGCUGCAGGAGCUGAAGUUCUCCUUGGAACAUGGGUACCUGUAUUGAACAUUUUUGAAACUAGUCUACGGCGUGGGAAAUUUGAGGAAUCACGCGUGUUGCCUGAUGGCUCCUUGAUGGAGAUUGCUAAAGUUUAUCCAUUGGAUGCAGUUUAUGACAAUCCAGAAGAUGUUCCCGAAGAUGUAAAAACAAACAAACGUUAUGCUGGAUCCAGUAAUUGGACAGUUAAGGAAGUGGCGGCAUCUGUAGAACAAGAUUUUGGCAGCAUUGACAUCCUCGUGCACUCGCUUGCGAAUGGACCAGAAGUAACCAAACCUCUGUUGGAUACCUCAAGAAAUGGAUAUCUUGCUGCAAUAUCUGCAUCAAGUUAUUCAUACGUGUCAUUGCUUAAGCAUUUCCUUCCAAUUAUAAACCCAGGUGGUUCGUCAAUCUCACUUACAUAUAUUGCUUCUGAGAGGAUCAUCCCUGGUUACGGAGGUGGAAUGAGCUCAGCAAAAGCUGCACUAGAGAGUGAUACUAGGGUGCUUGCAUUUGAAGCAGGAAGGAAACGUAAAGUUAGGGUCAACACUAUAUCCGCAGGUCCAUUAAGAAGCCGUGCUGCAAAAGCUAUUGGAUUUAUCGAUAUGAUGAUCGAUUACUCCCAAGAAAAUGCACCCCUUCAGAAAGAAUUAUCAGCAGAUGAGGUGGGAAACACAGCAGCCUUCCUGGCAUCCCCACUUGCUUCUGCUAUCACUGGUGCUGUCAUCUAUGUCGACAAUGGUUUAAACGCGAUGGGCGUGGGAGUCGACAGUCCCUUAUUCAAGGACCUCAACAUUCCUAAAGCCAACUAACGAAUCGAGAUCUUGACUAGGUUAGCUGAAUGUAGAGGAUUAUUUCGGUCAUAGCCGCGAGCCCCCUUUCCCCCUGGAUUUGAAGUACUUGUUCCUAAUUUAGGUGAUUGAAUCAUUGAAAUGUAUCACAUGAACUAAAUUUUGUGAUGUGAAUUUUACUAGCAA